UAUUAUUUAUUUAUAUGGAACACUCCUCCUUUAUUUAAUGAGAACAGAAAAGUUAAUAUGGAGAUAUUUCAAGACGUUCAUUUAUUUUAAUUUCCGCUUUUAUCUCUUCUCAUCCCAUUCUGUUGUGCGUCUAAUGUCUUCAAGGAAACUGGCCUGGGGGAAUUCACAGUGAAUCUCGUCGAAACUUUAACCUUUUACUUCCUUUCUAAUUCGAGAGAUUAAAAGACUUCAAUCUCAGUUUAAUUCACUCGGAAUAUCCAUUAGUGUGGAAGUGAUAGUUCUGGAUUAAAGCUGUGAACCGUAGUAUGAAAUAAAUUGCAAGAAGUACAAUGGAACCACCGCCUCCACCGCCACUACCUCCAGCAACACCUCCAGAUGAUGAGGACGUGGAAGAGGAGUCUGAGAAAAUUGAAGAUACUUCUCAGAUUCCAGGCGUUAUCUUACCUCAACUGGAGGAAUUGGAGAAGCAAUUCUUCGAGCUUGUGGCGAGUGGUAAUGUUAUUGGUGUUCAGGAGUUUCUCAACACAAAUGAAGAAUUCCGUAUCAAUUCCGCUAACUUUCAGAACCUUUCGGCUCUGCAUAUUGCUGUCAAAGAGCGGGAUGUGGCGAUGGUCGAGUUACUUUUGUCACGCGAUGAUAUUGAUUGCGGUGAUACUGCACUCCAUGCAAUUAAAGACAAUGAGCAGAGAAUUGCCAUGAUGAUUCUCGACAAGAUGGAGAGCCAGGUGCCGGGAUCACAGUUCACUGGACCAAUUGAUAGCUCGGAAUUUCCCGAUGCUACAACGCCGAUGGAUGUUGCCGCCAGUUGUGGACACUUCGAGCUCAUCAAAAUGCUCGCGGCUAGAGGACAUGUCAUUGAAGAACCGCAUCCACCUAGCUGCUGUUGCGAUGAAAUUUGCAAACCAGAGAGAGAAAUCGAAGAUCCAUUAACACUGGACAAUAAGCGAUUGUAUCGUUACCGUGCCAUUGCAAAUCCAGCUUACAUCUGUCACACCUCGCCCGAUCCAAUUCUCAAGGCCUUCCAGCUGUCAGUUCUCCUCGACAAAGCCGCAUCUUUCGAGCGUGAGCUUUAUAAAUCUUACAAACAACUGUCCCAGGAAGUCGCUUGCUUCGCUGCUGAACUCAUUGGUUGUGCUAGAAAGGCAGAGGAGGUAGAGAUUGUACUUCAACAGCGGGGAGGAAAUAUACAGGCGAGGAAAUUUAUUUUUCCGAGACUUCUAUUUGCGGUUGAGUGCGAGCAGAAGCUCUUUGUCGCUCAUCACAAUGUCCAACAGGUACUAGAAACUCGAUGGAUUGGUAACUGGUACGAGUGGAAAGCAAAGUCUGGUCCUGCAAAGAUCCUCGUUGUCAUCCAGAGGAUUCCCAUACUCCCAAUUAUCGCCAUUUGGCUUCUGAUUGCACCGAAUUCGAAAAUAGGAAAGAGAUGGCAGAUACCGGUGAACCGCUACAUCUCCUCAGUGGCUAGUUACCUCGUUUUUCUCCUGUUUGUCUACCUUCAGUCGAGUAUCGAUAAGAAGAAUCAGCUCCGGGGGCCUCCCGACAGUGGAUUUGAAGUUAUAAUUUGUUUUUACGUGAUUUCUUACAUUUGGGCUGGCAUCCGACUCUGCAUGACGCAUGGGCCGAAGAGAUACUUCGGAGAACGUUGGAAUCUAUACGAGGUUACCAUGCUCAGUCUUUUCAUAUUGACAUUCGUCUUCUGGGCAUUAGCGGCCAUCGACGUCCGGACAAAUGGUCAGAGAGACUUGGAGAGAAAAUACUGGCAUAAGUACGAUCCGACUCUCAUUGCAGAGGGUCUCUUCUGCAUUGCAACUAUCAUGGCUUUUUUUAAACUGCUCUUCGUGUGUCAGCUCGAUUACAAUCUCGGACCGCUUCAAAUGUCACUAGGGAAAAUGAUCAAGGAUGUCACUAAAUUCCUGUUUCUCUUCCUCAUCAUCAUUUUUUCUUUUGCCGUAGGUCUCGCUAAAUUGUAUCAAUACUACGAUGGGAUGGUGCAGAUCGAUGAUGAGUCGAAAAUAAAAACCCAACAAGUGGCUUCGUUCGUGGAUUUCAGGUCAAGCUUGAGGACACUCUUCUGGGCUGUUUUUUGCAUGAGUGCUAUCGAGAGCGCUGACGUCAUAAUUGAGAAUCUACCGGGGGAGACGGAGUCUGAAACCAUUAUAAAUAAACAUUCAUUUACCGAGGGGAUUGGAUACUUCGCCUUUGCCGGUUUCGAAUUCAUGUCAGUCAUCGUAGUCCUCAACAUGUUGAUUGCAUGCAUGUCGAAUACAUUUACAGCCUUCACGGACAACGUCGCCGUGGAAUGGACUUUCGGAAGAACGGAGGUUUACAUUGACAUCAUGGCGCAGAAUGCCCUGCCUCCACCUUUUAAUUUCCUUCCCACUGGAAGUGACCUCCGUUGGCUUGCCGAGUAUAUAAAGCUGUUAAUUAAACCAACUGACACAAAGAAAGCGAAAUGGGAUCUCAAGCACUGCUGCUUCAUCGAAAAUUUAAGUGAAGACGAUGACGAAAAGUUUGGUGAAGUAAUGGGACACCUAAUGAUGCGUUAUUUCCGGAAGAAGGAAGCGGAAGUUGAGAAGAGUGACACCGAAGGUUUAAGAAAGGAUCUCAUGGAGCUCAAGAGUAUCCUGAAGGAUGCACUGUCAGCCCCAUAAAUUAUCCUUCCCCAUCUACGUCACAUCAAUUGGGAUGAUCUAGCGCAGAAGAGUGAAAAUAAUACACCCGCCAACAAUGACAAGUACUCUGUAUCGUUGUCUAGUAUCAUCAUCAACGAUCCAGGAAUCCCGGGGGAAAUCUCGAUAUGGCAGAGUAUUUGCAGCAGAAAUAAAUUUUUCUACUGUGGAAACCCACUGGAAUGUGAGGAAAAUUAUAUUUUAUGGCGUUUCAAAUUUUAUUCGAGGCGAAAACUUCCAUUCCUACUUCUAUGACGUGAAUGAAGAGAGAUUGGAGACCUGGGGAAAAUUUUUGAGACUAUUAAACAGAGACAAACGAGUAGAAUAGGCUCAUCCUUCUGGUUUCGUAUCAGCAACCGUAAGUCAGAGGUUACAAUGAUUGCUGGGAACCGCUGCAAUACUGCAAUUAAUAUCUCCUUACAGAUAAGAUAAUGAAGAGUGAAACUAACAACGAGAAGGAAUUUAGUUUCUCUGGAUGGAGUAGAAUUUACUACAACGAAGAAUACAUACGUAAUUUCGGUGAAUAAAGAAACAUAUCAACGAUAUAACGUUCAUUUAUUAUUCUUGAAUGUGUAGGGAAAGGCGAAGUUCAGACCACUUAUAUCUGUAAUUUUUUUCUCUGUGAGAAGAGUGAGACAAGUGUUUGGGAUUCGAGAGGAGUGGCUUUGGCAUCUAAAGAGAGAGAAUUGAGUGGAGCAUUAAUCCUGAAAUGCCAAGGGAUC